UCUGGUGCCAUGCCAGACUUCGUAGCUCCAGAAGUCAAAAAAUUCGUGCCCUGGGACUACGUCGUUUUCGCGGCGCUGUUUUUGGUCUCCGCCAGCAUCGGCGUCUUUUUUGCCAUUAAAGAGAGGAAAAAGAAAACUUCCAAGGAAUUUCUGGUGGGGGGCAGGCAGAUGACAUGUGGACCCAUYGCUUUUUCUCUGACAUCGAGUUUCAUGUCGGCGGUGACGGUUCUGGGGACGCCCUCUGAAGUUUAUCGCUACGGGGCAUCCUUCGUGCUCUUCUUCCUUUCCUACACCCUCGUCAUCAUUUUUACUGCUGAGCUCUUCCUGCCUGUCUUUUAUAGAUCUGGCAUCACCAGCACUUAUGAGUAUUUGGAGUUAAGAUUUAACAAGAUUGUCCGUCUUGCCGCAACGCUGAUCUACAUCCUGCAGACGAUCCUUUACACAGGAAUAGUGGUCUAUGCUCCAUCACUGGCACUCAACCAAGUCACUGGAUUUGAUCUCUGGGGCUCUGUAGCUGCCACAGGAAUUGUCUGCACUUUCUAUUGCACUCUGGGAGGGUUAAAGGCUGUUGUCUGGACAGAUGCAUUUCAAAUGGUUGUCAUGGUGGCCGGGUUUGUGACGGUUUUGAUYCGAGGAACGAGCCUGAACGGUGGAUCCACCAAAGUCUGGGAAGAUGCCCAUGGAGGAUCACGGCUCAAUAUAUUUGACUUUGAUGCUGAUCCUUUGAGACGUCACACCAUCUGGACCAUCGUUAUUGGGGGAACCUUCACCUGGCUGGGGAUUUAUGGGGUCAACCAGUCCACCAUACAGAGAUGCAUUUCCUGCAAGUCAGAGAGGCAUGCCAAGCUGGCACUUUACCUGAAUUUGUUGGGACUUUGGACAGUCCUGGUGUGUGCAGUUUUUUGUGGAUUGGUGAUGUACUCUCAUUACAAGAGCUGUGACCCUUGGACUGCUGGUUUCAUUUCAGCUCCUGAUCAGCUCAUGCCAUACUUUGUCAUGGACAUUUUUUCCUCGAUGCCAGGAGUCCCAGGGCUGUUUGUUGCCUGUGCAUUCAGCGGAACAUUAAGCACGGUGGCUGCCAGCAUCAAUGCUUUAGCMACUGUUACCUUUGAGGACCUGGUCAAGAAAGGUUUCCCAAAUCUCUCGGAGAAGAUGAGCACGUGGAUCAGCAAAGCUUUGUGUGUUUUAUACGGUGUCCUGUGCACUUCCAUGGCUGCAGCAGCCUCGCUGCUGGGAGGAGUCGUGCAGGCAUCUCUCUCCAUCCACGGGAUGUGUGGGGGGCCCAUGCUGGGGUUAUUCACCCUGGGAAUUCUGUUUCCCUGUGCCAACUGGAAGGGUGCAGUGUCAGGUCUCCUGGCCGGGCUCAGUGUGGCAUUCUGGGCUGGCACGGGUUCAUUCCUGUUCCCCUCUCCCCCGGCCAAGGCGCUGCCGCUGCCGCUGGCCACUCUCAACUGCAGCAUCACCAACAGCACCGCUCUGCUGCCCACGGCGCCUCCCACGCUGCCCCCACACAGGCCUUGGCUGGCAGACGCCUGGUACUCGCUGUCCUACCUGUAUUUCAGCGCCGUGGGCUGCGUGUGCUGUGCCCUCACGGGGCUGCUCAUCAGCUUCCUCACAGGACCUAACAAAGGAGAAGACAUCCCACCAGUGCUGAUUAAACCARUCUGCAACCUGUUCUGCUUUUGGUCCCAAAGGCUGAAAAUCCUCCUGUGGUGCGGCGUGCAGCACGACAGCCUGGAGAUGGACCUGGAGAAAAAGCUGCCUAAAGCUGCUGCAAAUAAAACCAGGACAGAUAAYAUCAGCAAAGGAAAUCCUCACCAGAUCCCUGGUUACAAUCCUGAGGAAAAUUCCUACACAAACCUGAGCAGAGAAACUCGCCUCUAGAAGCUGAGGGACA